GGCCCCUCCUGCCUCUCCUCGACGAUCCCCUAGCCGACCUCUGUUGCCGCCGGCCAGCCCGUCGCCUCCUCUUCCAGCCGCUGCAUCUCGCCUCCCCUAGCUGACCUCCGUCGCCGCCGGCCAGCCCGCCGCCCCCAACUCCAGCGCCCGGCCGCCCACAUCUCUAGCGCUCAGCCGCCCCCCAACUCCAGCACCGUCGGCCGCGCCGCGUCCCUUGCCUUGCCGCGCUCCAGCUUGCCCCGCGCCGCUCCUCCUUUCCUCGAUCCGCCGUGCUCCGUGCCGCUCCGCCGCGCCGCGCCUCGCUUUGCCCGCCACUACUCCACGCCUCCACCUGGCCUCGCAGCCCGUCUCCCGCCUCGUUCCUUCUGCCGCCGUCGCCACUCCGUCUUGCCCCGCGCCGCCCUCCGUGGCCACGGCCGUGGCCCGCCACCGGCCUCGGUCGCGCUACCUCUACCGCCCAAGGCCGGGACGGGGGAGAGUCUGCUUGAUGUGGCCAUGGCGCUGCCACAGUGGGGAAGAAGGUGAUGCCACUGGAUGAGGAAGAAAAUGAGAUUUAGGGGCAUGACCCACUGGCAAGUGGGUCCCAUCUGUCAGUGUAAGAGCAAAAUAAAAAUAUGGGCUGAGAUUUAAGGGCUCCUGUUGAAGCUCGAGAUAAAAUAGAGACAAAAAAUUAGAAAGAAAUCCCUAAACAACAAGCAAGAGCCAUGUUUUAGGUGCCACUGCCGAAGAUGCUUUUGACGAAACUGCAGUGUCACAGCUUCGCACCCAAAAAUCCGCCUGUAAUCAGACUCUUUUUCUUGAAUCCGAUUUUGAGGCCCGAGAGCUCGUAAAAAAUACACAAAAUCGGCUUGCUGCUGGUCUUAAAUUCACCGGUCCCGGAGAUGUCGGGUGAGGGUGGAGGAGAACAGCCCUGUGGCCGUGUCCAUGUCCACACACCCCAGCGCCCACACCGCGUCUAGCUUUGAUCAAUCGCCGCAGGCAGGCUGCAGUGGAUGGACGGGGCCUGGCCCCGACUUCGACGGGGGAGGACAGGCAGGGGCGGGGCAAUGCCAGUACGCUCUGGACAAAAUGCCAAAGCCGGCCAGCUCUGCUCUGCUUCCGAAGCCAUGCUUGUCAGGUGUUCAAACAAAUGCCUGCAAGCAAGCGCCAGGCGCGGAGUUGGUCCCGCGCUAGCAAGCGCAGCAGCAGUGCUACGGGCUAGCGAGGCCAGUGCUCAGGGGGUGGGUGGGACCCUAUGCCGAUUGGCAUACCGUCGAGGAGGAGGAGCGGCGGCGAGCGGCAUAGUCCACUGAACGGUGCUUGGUUUCUACGGUGUGAACCCAUGGUGUUGAAUUGAAGGUCGUUUCUCAGUAUAACCUAACACUUCGCUUGUCACAGUCUACAGAUUCCAAUUCGCUCGUCUAGUUACCCUGCUCUGCCCCAGUACCACUUACCAGGUAUUCUUCUACAGACUUACUUCGGCUAACCAAUUAUUAGCAGCUAUGAAACCAAGAAUAAAGGAAUGGUGGGUCAGCUCGAUAUGAUAUUAAACAAUUGGGAACCGUGUGUAAGUUGUACCUUGCGAUUCCGUAUAUACGUUCCAUUAUUUUCGGUAUGCUAUGUUCUAGUAACUCCAAAGUGGUCCUAUGAUCAUAUCCAUAUUUAAGCAAAAUCUGGAAGCCGACUGUACAGUGUGUGUCUGGACUUGGUCCAACAGUCAACUCAAUGAGCUAUCAGAUGAUUAGCCUGAUAUAUUGGAUGUUUAUUGCUGUGGGGUCUUGCUGUGGUUUCUGUCAUGUGGGAAAUUGACUCGAUGAAGUCUCCUCCCUUCCCCACCCCCCUUGCUCCAGUGUUCACACCAUUGUUGAAGACCUGAGCUAUCUAUGAAUCCUACUAGGGUUCUCGCUGCUCUCCGCAGAGAAUAUUUGUGCAUCUCUCUGCAUACAAGCUAAAAAAUGAAGCUCGGCUAGGGAUGCUAAUGGGGGCAGCGAGCCGUCUUACCGUUUGACUAUGUCAGAAAUAAUGCAAUGCUCUCCCAUCCCAGCAGGCUUCUUUGCUCUUAUUGUUCAGAACCAUCCUUCACAUAUCUCUUAGCCACUGCUUCGGAUGCAAGGAUAUAUAGGGGGCAACUGAGAGCUUGAGACUUGCCUUCUUGGUCAGAGAGCAAGAACAACCCACAUGUCAAAUGGCAUGCAUUCUGUGGUCGUCAUCGAUCCGAUCAACACCACACCUACCCAAGAACUGGGGAAUGAUUGCAGUGGAGACAUCAAGGAUGAGUUUAGCAUGGGCACUGGGAGCAACAGGCGAGAUUCCAUUGCUGGAUCGUCCAGCAGGUCAGGCACCAGUAUCACUGCUGAAUUUGAUCUCUUGUGGAGACUGCGGAAGUACUUAGUACUGCUUGGAGUCUUAGCAGUUAGUGUGACAUACAAUGCUGGAUUAACACCACCAGGGGGGUUUUGGGCACUAAACAAGGAUGGCCAUGAUGCUGGUGACCCGGUCCUCCAUGUUUUCUAUGCUGCUCGAUUUGAGGUAUUCUUUUACUGCAACGCGACAGCCUUCGCUGCUUCUCUUGUCUUAGUCAUCUUGCUUCUAAGCAAGAGUGUGACAAGGCACAGGAUAUGGCUCCGUUCAAUGCAAUUGACCAUGAUACUAGACCUAUUCAGCUUGCUGGGUGCCUACGCUGCCGGAAGCUGCAGGGCACCCAAGUCAUCCAUUUACAUCUGGAUUUUGGUCUUUGCUGUUUUUGUGUAUGUUGGGAUUCACAUCCUGAUAUCCAUAAGGGUUAUUCCAGAAACGUUUUCAGAGAAGGUGGAGACAGUGGUGAAGGGAAUUCUGUCCAAAUGUGGUGUUCGUGACAUGCAAGUGAGGCGAAGCCAUCUAGAGAAAGAUGUUUUCCCGAAAGCUCUAGAGAAAGAUGUUGAGGAUGCUCGUAAAUUCAUUUUGAUGCUUGCAACUUUUGCUGCUAUUAUCACAUACCAAGCAGGAUUGAAUCCACCGGGCGGCUUUUGGGCUGAAAAUGAGCAUGGUUCUAACAAGUUGCAGUUGGCCCUUCCUCCUUACAAGCAUACUCCAGCUACUUCUGUUCUUCGCAGUAAAUACCUUCAUCGGUAUAAUAUAUUUGUCAGCUUCAAUUCAACUUCCUUCGUGGCAUCUUUGGUCAUAAUCAUAUUGCUUCUGAGCCCAGAAUUGAGUUGGCAAGGAAUAAGGUCGAAAGCAGUGAAUGUGUGUGUAAUAGCUGACCUAUUGGGCCUCAUUGUAGCCUAUGCUGCAGGGUGUUGUAGAAGUUUACACACAUCUUUCUAUGUUAUGCUUAUUACUGUCAUAGUAUGGAUCUGCUUUGCACUUUUAGCUGGGGCAUUCGUCUGCAAACCUGGGGCAGACUGGCUAAAAAGGAUUAAAGAUCUGAAUUGCGUGGAUACAUUUGGUCGGAUCUUUUCACUGGACCUUGGUAGAAACAAACCAGGAAAUGUAGCGCAAGAUAACUCUUGCUCAAUUGGUCAGCACACAUCAGACCUUGAAACAAAUACUCCAGAAGAAGACAAUGCUUCUGAACCAGAACACGGAGUUCCAAAGAUCAAAGAGGAUGAGUCCCGUGAGGAGCAUCACCGUGCAGACAGACAGCAAACCGAAAAUAUCGAGGAAGAUGUGCCCAGCUCAGAGCAUCAUUUUGUGAAGGGCCAGCAUUCUGGAAAACUAGAGGAUCAGUUUACAGACCACCAAUCAGUUGCAAAAGAUGCAAUGCCCAACACAGGACAUUCAUCAAUCCAAUGCCAACAAGCUACAAAUACUGAGGAUCUAGAGGAUCAGUUUACAGAUCACCAAUCAGUUGCAAAAGAUGCAAUGGCCAACACAGGACAUUCAUCAUGCCAGCAAGCUACCAAUACUGAGGGUGGUGUGUCUAGCUCUGAGAAUCAAUCUGCAGACAAGCAGCAAGUUGCAAAUAAGAUGGAACAAUCUUCACCGACUAAUGAACCAGCAAGUUGUACUGAAGUCACCAACAACCUCGCAGUACAGAAAUUACCUUCUGACGAGAUCAGAUCCAGUGAGAUUGAGUUGGUUGAAACCAAAACCACUAUUAUGCCUUCUGAGAAUGGUAAUAUUGGCAGUAAUGAAGGGGAUCCCAGUCAAGAUAUAAACAAAGAAAAUGCUGAUGGAGAUCCAACUCCGGAGCAUCUGAAGAAGACCCGCACAUAUAUACUUCUUCUUGCCAUCCUUGCAGUAUCUCUAACAUAUCAAUCAGGUUUGAAUCCGCCAGGUGGCUUCUGGUCAAGAACAGAGACUAAUCAUACAGCUGGUGAUCCCAUCCUCGAGGACACACACCAUCGGCGCUAUAUUGCAUUCUUCUAUCUAAAUGCAGUCGCUUUUGUUGCAUCCCUUGUCAUGCUCAUUAUGCUCCUGAACAAGAGGAUGAGCAACAAGGUUACAAAACGAUUUGCUCUGCAGACAGCAAUGAUAGUGGACCUUCUUGCCCUGACGGGGGCUUAUGUUAUGGGGAGCAGUAGGAAGACAAGUAAUUCCAUUUACAUCUCACUCUUGGUGUGCCUUGUACUUGCUUAUGUUGCUAUCCAUGUUUUGAUAGCAACACAUGUAAUCCCUAAUGAGUGGAAAGAGCUGGUGGCUCAAAAUAUAAAGCACUUCUGGUGGCCCAAAUCGCAUCAGCUUGGCCAGAACCAGACUGGGGAUGACGGGAAGGACUGGGAGCGGAGGCGUAAUCUACUAUUGACGCUUUCUGUUGUAGCUGCAACUGUCACAUAUCAAGCUGGUAUGAACCCUCCAGGAAGUGUAUGGUCUGAUGACAAGGAGGUCAGUGGCACACCAGGUGAUCCAAUCCUUCAGCACAACCAUUCAAAACGGUAUGAUGUGUUCUACUACUCAAAUUCAGUCACGUUCGUGUCAUCUGUAGUUAUCACAAUACUACUUGUGAACAAGGAAUCCUGCGAGCAUGGUAUCAAGUCGUAUGCACUGCGAGUAUGUCUGGUGGUGGGCUUGGUUGGCCUCUUGAUUGCCUAUGCUGCAGGAAGCUGCAGGAAAGCAAAAGAAUCUAUUUAUCUUAUCAUCAUUGCUGUUGCAGUUCUGAUGUCCCUUGUGAUCCAAGUCCUUCUACUCUCUUCCACACAUGAUACAGUAGGAGGGCCAUUGAGCAAAGUCGUGAAAAGCCUGCUGAAGUGGCUUUUUGGACUGAAGGAGGUCAGUCAGGAAACUGUUUCUGAGAGGCAAGGAAGUUCAGACCACCACGAGAAAAAGAAGAAGAAGAAGAGGCACAAAUAUCUGAUGCUGCUUGCAAUUUUAGCAGCCUCCAUCACGUACCAAGCUGGUCUGAACCCACCUGGUGGCUUCUGGCCUGAUGGUUCCAACCAUGUUGCAGGCAAUCCGGUCCUACAUGAUAUUCAUCCCUGGCGCUACAGAACAUUCUUCUGCUUCAAUAAUAUUUCCUUCAUGGCAUCUAUUGUUGUGAUCAUGUUCCUGUUGAAAAAAUCUGUCAGGAAGAAGGAUGUCCUACUUGAGGUAUUGCACUUAAUCAUGAUACUAGAUCUGUUGGCUCUCAUGACAGCUUUUGCAGCGGGAAGCUGCCGGAAAUUCAGGACUUCAGUGUAUGUUUAUGGGCUAGUAGUUGCUGUUCUAGUAUACCUUGUGUUUGCAAUUGGUGUGUCAAGCAGCAUUGCAAAAUGGACCAAAAGGAAGAAACAAACAUUCCUUUGAAGACAUCCUGAACGUGCUUGAAGGACAAGCUUACUAGUACCUGGACAGCAAACUUGAAGGCUCAGUAUUUUCGGGAGUGAUGUUAGGUUAAGAAUCUUUUUUCCUGUAUCCAAACUAUUGUUUGUGUUUGGACUUCUUGGAGUUCGUAUUAAUUUUACAGCUGGUGCUGUUGUAUGUUCUUGGUCAUUACUUUAGCAUAACUGUAUCAAGCUUGAGUCCGUGUGCAUCGGUCAAUUGUAGAGGCCUGGAGGCAAUAAAUUUUUCUUUUAUCUUACUUCCUCCUAUCCAUAAUACAAGUAAGCGUCUUUGAUUAA